ACCUGGAUCGUUUUUCCUUUUAUUGUAGAGUAAGCAAUUCUUUCAGCUGACUUCCAGCCAUUUCCUUUUUGGGAGAAUUCAGGUUCGAAAAAUGCGACAUUUGUAAGGGGUAGAAAAUUGAGUGAGGCUGUCUAGAACCAACGCGAAUGAAAAAUCUCUAACAAUUUGGUUUCCUUUUCCUUCUUUUUUUCCCUUUUUGAGCUGGAAAAUCACUCAACUUUUAGCUAAAUAGCAAGGGCACAUUACGCGCUAUGACGGACGCCUCCAGCACAGAAGUAGAGUACGCUGAGAACAAGAAUACAAAAAACGGAAAGGACAAUACAAUGGCUCCUCCCGUUUCUCAAAGCCAGUCACACGCGUCAUCGCAAGAUAGCAUGAACGAGAGCAAACGAGUGGCCGACGAAUCACACGAUGAGAAAGAAGCCAAGAUUCAAAAGACAUCCGGAGCAUGCUUGGUACAGAAUGGUGCCUACAGCGAACACAGCGAACAACCGAAUUCACUGUUGACCGAAUCAAAUAUGAGUACCCACGUUGAACUGUCGUCAUCGACCACUUCAAAGGAACAGCAAGACAAACAACCGCAAGAUAAGAUACCACGAAAGACGGAGACGACCGACCACACGAGUUUAUCCUCGUCGGAAACAGACAAUAACGCCGAUGUCUCCUCACAGAAUACCACAGACCCUCAUUGUCAUCCCUUGAUCAAUAUGGGCGCGUCGCAAGGAAGUCAUGCCCUGUCGUUGCUCACCGAUCAACAACAUCACCAAUUGCUGCAAAGCUAUUCGCAAGCGACCGGUCAAGAUCUAGCGAAUUUAACCGCAUCAUCCCUAGCGCAGGCGAUGGUCUCGCCCAUCGGCGUGCCUGGCUUGGCGAGCAAUCUUCUUCAACAGCUCCAAGGUAGCAACGUAAUUACAGCAUUGCCUGGACCGCCGCCCAUGGCGAAUGCGAACAAUCUAGGCGGUGACGAUGAUGACAGUGGGAAAUCGAGCGAAUCAGGAACCAAGCGGCAUUCCAUGUCGAUAUCCAACGAUGAGCGUCGGCAGCGUCGUUUGCUGCGAAACAGAAUGGCAGCCAAAGAGUGUCGAAAGAAGAAGAAGCAGUAUAUUCAGGAUAUGGAGGAAAAAAUUGGACGCUUGGAGGAGGAAAAUGGACGAUUACAGAAACAGGUCGAGGAUUUGAAUACAAAGCUUGCGCUGGGCAAUAUGCAAGGGUCCGAGAGUUACCGAUUAAUGAAAGAAGUGGAAGAACUGAACGCCAAACUGGGGAUGGGUCAUUUAGUAACGAAUACCAGCUCCUUGGCAGCAGCGGUCAUGGCAGCAGCACAGCAGCAGCAACAGCAGCAGCAACAACAACAGCAACAACAACAGCAGCAACAGCAGUAUCACAAUCCGCCACCACCCUCAACGGCUUCGAUCGAUAAUAAAACAUCUACCUCUACUCCACCCUCCUUAUCAUCUGCAUCCGCAUCUGCAUCGGGUAUUGAAACACAACCUCAAGCGUCAUUGAGCAAGGAUCCGUCUUCGAGUGGCAAGAGUGAUUUGCCAAAUACGACAACGACAACCAUCAACGUUAACAAAAAUACUUAAAAAUAGGUAGAACUUGUUUUCCAUACUCGACCGAAAUGUUGCUAAAUAAAGUAAUGGCUGAUUUUUUGUUGUACACGGCUCAGCCCUUUUUUCCGAAA